AUGGGGCCCCGAGCCACCAGCCCUGCUGGCGAGUAUAAGUCGCAGCCACCCGACCGAGUGUGCCACGGUUGCUUCAAAAGUCAGUUGGGGUGGGGGUGCAAGUGCCCCCCUUGGCUCUGCUGUCAUCUGGGGCUGUGCACCUGUAAACAGCUUCUGCUGCUUGUGUACCGCAGGGCCCUUCCUGGUGACCCCCUCCCCGUGAUCUCCAUCAGCUCAGAAGAGAGCAGGACCAGGAACAAAUCUAGUACCUUCAGGGCAGGGAGGCGGCAAGUCCCCCACUCCCGCCCCGUCUGCUCCAGCCCCGCGCGUCCUGGCCACCCCGCCAUCGCCGACCCGUGUGUCUGUGUCCCCGCAGGUUUCGGAAUGACCACGCCGGCCACCGUGGGCGGAAAAGCCUUCCUCAUUGCCUACGGGCUCUUCGGCUGCGCGGGGACGAUCCUGUUCUUCAACCUCUUCCUGGAGCGCAUCAUCUCGCUGCUGGCCUUCGUGAUGCGCGCGUGCCGAGAGCGCCGCCUGCGCCGCAGCGGGCUGCUGCCCGCGCCGCUGCGCCCCGAGGCCGACGGGCUGGCGGGCUGGAAGCCCUCGGUGUACCACGUGCUGCUCAUCCUGGGGCUCUUCGCGGUGCUGCUGUCCUGCUGCGCCUCGGCCAUGUACGCCAGCGUGGAGGGCUGGGGCUACGUGGACUCGCUCUACUUCUGCUUCGUCACCUUCAGCACGAUCGGCUUCGGGGACCUGGUGAGCAGCCAGCGCGCCGCCUACCGCCACCAGGGCCUCUACCGCCUGGGCAACUUCCUCUUCAUCCUGCUCGGCGUGUGCUGCAUCUACUCGCUCUUCAACGUCGUCUCCAUCCUCAUCAAGCAGGUGCUCAACUGGAUGCUGCGCAAGCUGAGCUGCGCCUGCUGCGCGCGCUGCUGCCCGGCGCCCGGCGCGCCCCUGGCCCGGCGCAACGCCAUCACGCCGGACCCGGACGCCGAGGGCCGCCGCCUGUCGGGCGAGCUCAUCUCCAUGCGCGAUCUCACGGCCUCCAACAAGGUGUCGCUGGCGCUGCUGCAGAAGCAGCUGUCGGAGACGGCCAACGGCCACCCGCGCGGCGCGUGCGUCCCCGCGCGCCAGAACGGCUUCUCGGGCGGCGUGGGCGCGCUGGGCAUCAUGAACAACCGGCUGGCGGAGACCAGCGCCGCCAGCUUCCCAGAGACAUUCCAGUCCUCUAAGGUGGAACAGUAGCUCAGGAUCCAGGGUCACGUGAGCAUUUGUGCCCACAUCCCCUGGGUCCCCGCCCCAAUCUCAGUGGCGCUGCCUAGCACAGCACACCGUCAUGCUUCCCACAGGUUCAGUGCCCACGAACCCAGGGCUGCUGCUGUGAAGAGCCGAGGCUCCCCGGGUCAGGGGAUUUAGGACCCCUAAAGAACAUGUAGUCUGGCCUCCCGCUUGAGGAUACCCUCUGAGAAGAAGGGAUGGGCCCUCCCAGCAGCUGGAGAACAAUGACACUGACAGGGAUCCCUUCCUUCUACGCAGGUCCUUCUGAACCUCAGGCAAAAAAGGCCGCCAUUUUCCCAGAUGCCAAGGCCUCCCCCACCGCCAUGGAGGUCUCUAGCUGACCCACAGCUGGUAGCUCACUGCAGCCCACAGCUGGCUCGGGCUGCAGGAGCUGCACACCCCCCUCCACCUGCUGGACUGAGGGCUGCCAUAAAGGCGGCGGCGCCCCAACCAGCUGUGGCCACACAGCAGCCAGCGUGUUGGCACCAGACCUUUGUGGGGUUGGACAGGCAGGUGAAGGGUCAGGCUCCAUCCUCUGAGUCAAGCCGGAGGCCCAGGCCUGGUGAAGGAUCCAAAGGCUCAGGACGUCUCAGGCCCUCAGCUGGCGGAAAGUAUCACAGCACCACGGACACGUGUGCAUACGCACACACAGCAGCCUUACCAAGAGCUCCUAGGCCUCUUCCCCAUAGAAAAUCCCAAUGUAGGCCACUUUAAGAAGGAAGAUUUCAGCCUAGUGUAUUGGCGCAUGCCUAUAAUCCCAACUAUUUGGGAGGCUGAGACAGGAGGAUCACAAGAUGAAGGCCAGCCUGGCCA